GACUCGCGGCGGCGGGGAAGCCGGGAGUAGACCCUGAGGGAAGAAAGGACGGGGCGGACGCACACGCAGGAGGAGGAGGAAGGAUUCCAGGCGCGGUUCUGCGGAGAACGAGCGGGUGCCGCCUGUUAUAAAGGGGGAGGAGGCGGCGGCGGAGGGGGAAGGAAGAGCGUGCGGAGCGGAGCCUCCUCCAGAGACAGCCAGACACAGGGAGGAGAGAGAGGCUGCCUGGCUGGCUCCCCCUUCCUCCUCCCUCCCUCCCUCUCUCCUUUUCAUGGACUCUCUUGUCGGGUUGCUGCUGCUGCUUUUCUUCCGUCCUUAUUCCGUCUCUCUAAUACCCAAAAUGAUUCAGCUCCAUGGCUGCCACUGACGGGGAUGUCCCUGCCCGGCUUAGCCUGCCGCUGCCGCCUUGCUGUGCGCCAGUCCUCCUGACUCAGCCGCAGACAUUAGUGCUAGGAAGAUGGCGCACCCGGCGAUGUUUCCUAGAAGGGGCAGCAGCAGUAGCAGCGGCAGCAGCUGCGUUACUGCUCCCACUGCACCAGGUACCGGCGUUGGGAGCGCUGCCCUCUCUGCCGAGGAUUAUCAGCCGCCUUUGCUGGUCCAGCCGCCGCCUCCAUCUCCUGCAGCAGCUUCAACAGCGGGUCCACAGCCGACACCACCUCAUCCACAAAGCCUGAACCUCCUCUCGCAGUCUCAGCUCCAGCCACAGCCCCUUGCACAGACUGGAGCUCAAAUGAAAAAGAAAAGUGGCUUUCAAAUUACCAGUGUGACCCCUGCUCAAAUAUCAGCUAGUAUGAGCUCUAAUAACAGCAUAGCUGAGGAUACAGAAAGCUAUGAUGACCUGGAUGAGUCUCACACUGAAGACCUGUCAUCUUCAGAAAUCUUGGAUGUUUCUUUAUCCAGAGCCACUGACAUGGGAGAGCCUGAGAGGAGUUCUUCUGAAGAGACUCUAAAUAACUUCCAAGAGGCAGAGACUCCUGGGGCUGUUUCUCCAAACCAGCCUCAUCUUCCUCAGCAGCAUGCUCCUCUGCCUCAUCACCCACAGCAGAGUGUUGUGAUCAAUGGAAGUGUUCAUCCCCAUCAUGUUCAUCAUCACCACCAUCUUCACCACCACCAUCAUGGACACCAUCAUCCAUCGCAUCCUGGGGUGGGUAGUGCCCCAAUUUCUGGAGGACCACCACCCAGUCCAUCGUUUAGAAAACUAUCAACAACUGGAAGCUCUGACAAUGUUAUAUCAACUGCACCAGUUUCUGCUGCAUCAUCCACUGGUUCCCCGUCAUCUGCUGUGUCUAAUAUCCGCACUACGAGUACUCCUGGAAAUUUAGGUAUAAGUCCUGCUGCUGGAACUAGUACCUUAAAUAAUAUUGGUGGUGGUAGUUCUAGUGUGGCAAGCAAUGUGCUUGGUACUAUUAAUUUAAGCAACAUCAUGAGUACUGGUAAUGUAAAUGCUUUGUCUGGAGCUAGCAGCAAUGCUAAUGUGAAUAUCUUGAGUGGUGUUGGCAAUGGUACGAGUGCUUCCUCUAGUGUCAUUAACAAUGUUACUAAUCCAACUGCAGGAACGGCAGUGGGAUCAAGCCAGCAGCAACCUGCAUCUGGCACGUCAAGGUUUAGGGUUGUAAAAUUAGAUUCUAGUUCUGAACCUUUCAAAAAAGGUAGAUGGACAUGCACUGAAUUCUAUGAUAAAGAAAACACUGUUGCAGUUUCAGAGGGAGUAGCAGUAAACAAAGCAGUAGAGACCAUAAAACAAAACCCGCUUGAAGUGACUUCUGAAAGGGAGAGCACCAGUGGGAGUUCUGUUAGCAGCAAUGUAAGCACACUGAGUCACUAUACAGAAAGUGUGGGAAGUGGAGAAAUGGGAGCACCUACCGUGGUACAGCAGCAAGCAUUUCAAGGUGUGGGUCCGCAGCAGAUGGAUUUUAGCAGUGCUGCUCCUCCAGCAAUUCCAGCAUCUAGUAUACCACAGAGUGUUUCUCAAUCGCAGCUUGCACAAGUCCAGCUGCAUUCUCAAGAAGUAAACUAUCCGCAGCAGAAGCCAGGGGUCCAACCUCCUGCACAGGCCAGUCUAACCACUGUUACUGGGGUUCAGCCAGCUCCUGUUAUACUAGGUGUAUCCCCAUCUCUGGGCCACCAGCAGCCUGCCCUUCAGAGCAUGGCUCAACAGCAGCUGCCAUAUUCUCAGCCAGCACAGCCUGUGCAGGCUUUGCCAGUGGUGCAGCAGCAGCAGUUGCAGUACGGACAGCAGCAGCAGCCAGUUCCUUCGCAGAUGGCCGUGGGUCACGUUAAGGCGGUGAACCAAAACUCUGUCACAGGGGCUAUGCCAGACUACAUUCAACAUCAGCAGAUCCUUCAGACUCCAGCCCCUGCCAUGCAGCCAAGUUCUACAGGAGGAGGAGCUGGGCAACCGGUUCCUGUUGCCCAGGCACAGGGCAUGCAGCCUUCAGUGCAAGCACAUCCAGCUGCUGCCCCAGCUCAGCCUGUUGCACAUGCUCCAGCAGCAAUACCAGGUGUAGCUGCCAGUGGUCAAAUACUAAAUGUUGGGCAGCAAGGAAGUGUAGCUGCUGUGGUGCAACCACCAUCUGCUACAAACCAAAUUCCACCUCCAGUUAUGCCAUCAACAGCCGCUCCUCCAUCUUCCCAAGUAGUGCAGCCUGUGCAGACAGGAAUAAUGCAGCAGGGAUUACAGGCUAGUGCUGCAGGCCUUCCUCAACAAAUGGUCAUUGCUCAGCAAAGCACCUUGUUACCUGUACAGCCACAGGCACAAGGCGUGGAAUCUGUAGUCCAAGGGAUGACUGGCCAGCAGUUGCCUGCGGUAAGCCCUAUACCUUCUGCUGGUACUGUUCCUGCACCAAGUCAAGCUGGUUCAGCUGUGCCUCCUGGCAUGCCUUCUGCUUCUGUAGGUUUGGGACAGCCGCAGACUAUAGCACCGGCUUCGGCUGUGCAGAAUGGCAAUUUGGCUCAAAGUGUUAGUCAGCCUCCCUUGAUAUCAACAAGUAUAGGUAUGCCAGUGGCACAGAGUGUGCCACAGCAGAUGCCUCUAAGCUCUACCCAGUUCCCUGCACAAUCACUAGCUCAGUCCAUUGUAAGCCAAAUCGAAGACGGCAGACGCCCUACAGAACCUUCCUUGGUGGGUUUACCUCAAGCUGCCGGCGUUGAGAGCGGUGGUGGAGCAUCGGCCGCUUCCGAUGGCGGUAGCAGCAGCAUGCCGUCCUCGGCGUCCCUCUUCCCGCUGAAGGUGCUGCCGUUGACAACACCUCUUGUAGAUGGUGAGGAUGAGAGCUCCUCUGGUGCAAGCGUAGUAGCUAUCGACAACAAAAUCGAGCAAGCGAUGGAUCUGGUAAAGAGUCACUUGAUGUAUGCGGUGAGGGAGGAAGUGGAGGUCCUCAAAGAGCAAAUCAAAGAGCUGAUAGAGAAGAACUCGCAGCUGGAGCAAGAAAACACUCUGCUAAAAACACUUGCCAGCCCAGAGCAGCUUGCCCAGUUCCAAGCACAGCUGCAGACUGGUUCUCCGCCCUCCUCUUCCCAGUCACAAGGGACAACACAGCAGCCUGCUCAGCCGGCAUCACAGGGCUCAGGGCCUUCAGCAUAGCUCAAGAUGUCAUCGCCAUCAUGAUUGCUGGCUUCUGGACUGCCCGGAGCAAGGAGGACUAGCGGGAAUCCACCACAGCCCCCCUUCUUCAUCCAUGUCGAUGCACAUUGCAACCCGGACUGAGGACUCCAUGCCUUGCACACAUCAGGAGAGGCUUCUCCCCCUUGUAUUACACACUCAUCUGUCUCUCUCUUACCUCCCUUACCCCUUUGGCUUGAAGGAGUCUGUGUUCUUAGGUUGGUUGAAUAAAAUAAACUUAUUCCAGAGAAUUAGCACAAGUACACUGGGGACUCGAGCAGCUUCUGCAAAUGGCUGAGAAACGAAGCUGCAUGCCUGAAUUGUUUUGUUUUUUUUUUUUCUUUUUUUUUUGUUUGUUUUUAAAUCUUCCACUCAUCCAGUGCUACAGCUGAUGCAAGUGCUUUUCAAGCUUGGAAACGUGAAGAAAUAGACUGGAGUAAAAAGUGAUGGCUCAACCCCCUGUAGUGCAUUGGGGUUCCAAAGUGUGGACUGGUGCAUAGGAGGAUCUAAGAGGAAGAGGGAGAAAGGUAAUCUCAGUGUUUAACACUUGUCACCUGAAACCUUAAGUGCAAAUACUUGCACCGUUUUCUGAAGCAGUGGACAGGUGCAUAAAGCUGUAUUAUAUAUAGAAAACAGGUAGGUGACAAUACAGUUGUUGGGUCAUAGGAUAAUUACAAUGAAGGUUAUUUGCCUACUGUAUAUUUGUGUAUUUAGUGUAAUUACUUUGUAAAAUAGAAAACUGUAACUAUUUAGGUUGUACAGAUUGAAGUUUAGUUGUUUCAUUGGCGAUCUGAAGAAGUUUGAAAAGUUUUUUUUUUUAUGCUACAUAAAUAAGAAUGCACCUACGCAACUGUUCAGAAUUUGGCAAAUUAAUGCUGUUUGUGUAACUUCUGAAGUUCCCUGGCUGCUGAUUAUCUUGAAGUUAAUCAUUGUUCAUUGUAGUUUGGUUCAAGAUGGGAAAAACCACUCCAAAAAUUAUCAAGCCCUGCUAGCAAAGAUUUAAAGAGAAAAAAAUUGGAUUUCCCACUAUGGAUUUUUUUGCAUAUGAUCUGUAUAGUAGUAUGCAUAUGUUUUUGUGCAUGUUCUCUACAGUUGUAACACGUCAAUGUAUUUAACUGUUGCACUUGUCAACUUUCAAUAAAGCAUACAAUGUU